AUGCAGCCGCCGCCGCGCAAGGUGAAGCUGACGCAGGAGGUGAAGCUGCACUUCGUGGAGCAGCUCUGCAGCCUGCAGAGCAAGCAGCAGCGGGACACGGAGCUGCUGGAGGACAUCAGGUCCUACAGCAAGCAGAGGUCAGCGAUCGAGAGGGAGUACGGGCAGGCGCUGCAGAGGCUGGCGAGCCAGUUCCUGAAGAGAGACUGGCAGCGGGGCCGCAGCGAAGCCAACGACUCGAGGAGCGUCGUUGCUGUCUGGAAGGGCGUCGUUGACGGUACCAUGUACACCGGGCAGGCCCGUGUCRCCGCCUCCGAGAGCUAUCGCACCAUCGCCUUGGAGGCCUCCAAGACUGCCCGCGUGUCCAAGGAGCGGAUGCUCAAGAAGAGCAUUGAGCAGUUGCAGAAGGUGCAGGCAGAGCUGCUGGAGACAGUGAAGGAGCUGGGCAAGGCAAAGAAGCAGUUUACACACCUCCAACGGAGCAAUGAGGUGGCCAAGGAGAAAGCUGCGGACGUGGAGGCCCGGCUCCGGAAGAGUGACCGGGGGAUAUUUCACACCAAGGCCAGCCUGCAAAAGCUCAGUGCCAAGUUCUCUGCGCAGCUGGCCGAGUACUCGAAGCAGCUCRCAGGGGUGCACAACGAGUACGUCCUCGCGCUGGUGUCCGCCAAUGCCCACCUGGACCAUUACUACCACGUGGAGUUGCCUGCGGUCAUGGAGGCCCUGGACGGUGACCUUUACGAGCGGCUCCGCGACCACUUGACCUUGACCAGCCAGACGGAGAUUGAGGUCUGCCAGGCCACGCAGGAGUGGUUCCAGCGCGUUGCGGAGUCAUCCACGCAGGUAAGCCGGGAGCAGAACCUCCUCCUCUUCCUCCAGGACCACACUACCUUCACAUUAACACCAGAGCAGCGAUUCCAGCUCGCCGGCAUGGAGCAGGUACCCCUUCUCAGCGGGAUCAUCCUUGCCUAGAUACGUCUCCUGGAACCGGAGAGCAACAGCACCAGUGAGAGCAGCCUGGAGAAGGAGGUGCGGCGCUGGGCCAACCGGGCGGCCAAGGACUACAAAAUCAAGACACACAGCGAGCAGGUCCUGCAAAGGCUGGAGGCCAGGAGGCAGCAGGCGCCGGAGGCUGAGGUGGCCGCCAUGGAGCGGCGGAUGGAGGAAGUGAAAGAGAAUAUUCGGAAGGCUGAGGUGAGCAAGGUGAAGGCGGACGCGCGGCUGGCGCUGCUGCGCGCCGCGGGGCUCGACGUGGACACGUGGCUGGCGGGCGCCCGGCUGGCGGGGACGGGGCGGCCGCCGCCGUUCGACCUGGCGGAGUUUGAUGACUACGACGACAGCGCCGAGGCCUUCGAGGACRGCGAGCCCGGCCCCGCUGGCCGCGUGUAUCCUUACACGUGCCGGGUGAUCUUUGGGUACCAGGGCCGCCAGGCAGACGAGCUCUCCAUCGCCCAGGGAGAGGAGCUGGAGGUCAUYGAGGAUGGCGAUGUGGAGGAGUGGGUGAAGGCCCGCAACAAGGCCGGCCAGGUGGGCUACGUGCCCGAGAAGUACCUGCUGUCGCUGGGCUGCGCGGGCAGCGACGCGGGCCCCGCUGCGGGCGGCGGCGGCCCUGCUGCGGGGCCCCUGGCCGCGGCGCUGCAGCGGCAGCUCUCCAGCAUCAUGGCCGCGGAGCUGGUCCUGGAGCCCGGAGCCUGGCUGGUGCGAGCCCUCUACGACUACGAGGGGCAGAGCCCCGAGGAGCUGAGCUUCCCCGAGGGCGCCAUCAUCCGCGUGCUGCCCCGCGCCGAGGGCGACGUGGACGACGGCUUCUGGACGGGAGACUUCAACGGCCGCGUUGGCGUCUUCCCCUCGCUCGUGGUGGAGGAGCUCACGGGGGCCGGGUGCUCUGCUGGGCAGGAGCUGCCGUCGCCCUCCCCUCCGCCCUUCUCCCCUCCCGGCCUCGUGCCCAGCCUGCCCUCCAACCCCGCUCCAGAAUUGCUGCUGGGAGCGCCCGCCUGCAGGCAGGACGGCCCGGCCAGCRGCCAGAGCUCUCCCGACCUGUCCGCCGGCCGCCUCCGCCCGCUCCGGGCGCCUCCGCCGCCGCCCGGCAGAGCGGCCGACGCGGAGCCCGAGCGGCACCUGAGCUGA